GGCGUCACAGAGGCGCCAAAAUAGAACUUGGAACGGGGCUGGCGCCGGUGGCCGCGGCGGGAGACGGCGUCCCCGCCUCUGGGACUGACGGGGCUGCGCCCUGGGCCGGCGCGGCGGGAGGGCCGCGGCUGCUGAGGUCGCGCCUCUGACACCCGCGGGAGGUCGGGCGAGGGCGCCGGGGCUGCACCCAGCAGUGCCUGGAGCGCGCGGGCACCGCUUUGCAGUUAUAAAUUUCUGGAGAAUUCAUUUCUGUACCAUUUGCAGUCCUAAAGAGAAAAAAACAAAGACAUGAAUAGAGGGCAUAGAGGCAGAGGUUUCGGACGAGGAAGAUUUCAAAGCUGGAAAAGAGGAAGAGGUUCUGGGAACUUCUCAGGAAAAGACAGAGAAGGAGCACACGGGACUAACGUGAACAAAAGCACAGGAAAAUUAAGUUCUGAACAACCACCACAGUUUUUGCUUCAGUCAACAUUGGAUCCAUUCAUACCAUAUAAAGGCUGGAAACUUUAUUUCUCUGAAGUUUACAGUGAUAGCUCUCCUUUUAUCGAGAAGAUUCAAGCAUUUGAAAAAUUUUACACGAGGCAUAUUGACUUAUAUGAUAAGGAUGAAAUAGAAAGGAAGGGAAGUAUUUUGGUGGAUUUUAAGGAACUGACAAAAGACGAUGAAUUAACUAAAUUGAUACCAAAUAUAGCAGAUGAAUUAAGAGAUACACCCGAGAGCACCUUGGCUUGCAUGGGCCUGGCGAUACAUCAGGUAUUAACUAAGGACCUUGAAAGACAUGCAGCUGAAUUACAAGUCCAAGAGGGAUUAUCUAGAGAUGGGGAAACAAUAGUAAAUGUACCACGGAUUCAUGCAAGGGUCUACAACUAUGAGCCAUUGACAAAGCUCAAAAAUGUCCGAGCAAAUUCCUAUGGGAAGUACAUUGCCCUGAGGGGGACAGUGGUCCGAGUCAGUAACAUAAAGCCGCUGUGCACCAAGAUGGCUUUUCUGUGUGCUGCCUGUGGAGAUGUUCAGAGCUUUUCUCUUCAAGACGGAAAAUACAACCUUCCCACAAAGUGCCCUGUGCCCGUGUGCCGAGGGAAGUCUUUCACUGCUCUUCGAAACUCUCCCCUCACCGUGACAAUGGACUGGCAGUCAAUCAAAAUCCAGGAGCUGAUGUCUGAUGAUCAGCGAGAAGCCGGCCGCAUUCCACGAACAAUUGAAUGUGAGCUUGUUCAUGACCUUGUGGACAGCUGUGUGCCAGGAGACACGGUGACUGUUACGGGGGUCGUGAAAGUCUCAAAUACCGAAGAAGGUUCUCGAAAUAAGAAUGAUAAAUGCAUGUUCCUUUUGUACGUUGAAGCAAAUUCUGUUAGCAAUUGCAAAGGACAGAAAACAAAGGCUUCCGAGGAUUACUGUAAGCAUGGAACCUUGAUGGAAUUCUCACUCAAAGACCUUUAUGCCAUCCAGGAGAUCCAAGCUGAAGAAAACUUGUUUAAACUCAUUGUCAACUCACUUUGCCCUGUUAUUUUUGGUCAUGAACUUGUUAAAGCAGGUUUGGCAUUAGCACUUUUUGGAGGGAGCCAGAAGUUUGUCGAUGACAAAAACAGAAUUCCAAUUCGAGGGGAUCCACAUAUUCUUGUUGUUGGAGAUCCAGGCUUGGGAAAGAGUCAGAUGCUACAGGCAGUGUGCAAUGUUGCUCCUCGGGGUGUGUAUGUUUGUGGUAAUACCACGACCACCUCAGGUUUGACGGUGACUCUUUCAAAAGAUAGUUCUUCUGGAGAUUUUUCUUUAGAAGCUGGUGCCCUGGUACUUGGUGAUCAAGGUAUCUGUGGAAUCGAUGAAUUUGAUAAGAUGGGAAAUCAGCACCAAGCCUUGCUAGAAGCCAUGGAGCAGCAGAGUAUUAGUCUCGCGAAGGCUGGGAUGGUUUGUAGCCUCCCUGCGAGAACUUCCAUCAUCGCGGCUGCGAAUCCUGUCGGAGGACACUACAACAAAGCCAAAACCGUGUCUGAGAAUUUAAAAAUGGGGAGUGCCCUGCUAUCCAGGUUUGAUCUGGUCUUUAUCCUGUUAGACACUCCAAAUGAGGAUCAUGACCAUUUACUCUCUGAGCAUGUGAUAGCAAUGAGAGCUGGAAAGCAGAAAACGGUCAGCGGUGCCACAGUAACACGUACGAAUAGCCAAGGUUCAAAUACUUCCAUACUCGAAGUAUUUUCCGAUAAACCAUUGUCAGAAAGACUGAAGGUAGUUCCUGGAGAAGUUAUAGAUCCGAUUCCCCACCAACUACUGAGAAAGUACAUUGGUUAUGCUCGGCAGUAUGUCUAUCCAAGGAUAUCCAUGGAAGCUGCCAAAAUCCUUCAAGAAUUUUACCUUGAGCUCCGGAAACAGAGCCAGCGGUUAAACAGUUCACCAAUCACCACUCGGCAGCUGGAAUCUCUGAUUCGUUUAACAGAGGCACGAGCAAGGUUGGAAUUGAGAGAGGAAGCAACAAAAGAGGAUGCAGAAGAUAUAGUUGAGAUUAUGAAAUAUAGCAUGCUAGGAACUUACUCUGACGAAUUUGGGAAUCUAGAUUUUGAGCGAUCCCAACACGGUUCUGGAAUGAGCAACAGAUCAGCAGCAAAAAGAUUUGUUUCUGCUCUCAACACCAUUGCUGAAAGAACGUACAAUAACUUAUUUCAGUUUCAUCAACUUCGGCAGAUUGCCAGAGACUUGAACAUCCAGGUAGUUGAUUUUGAAAAUUUUAUUGGAUCACUCAAUGACCAAGGUUACCUCUUGAAAAAAGGUCCGAAGGUUUACCAGCUUCAAACACUGUAAGACUGUUCAAACCAAGCCAGGAAUGACCUCCUGUCCUGUGAGUGUUUUAAAGCCUUCUUGAUACUGACGAAAAUACAAGAAGGAAAAAAAAUACUCUUCUAUGAAAGGUAACAUGAAAAGUAAAUAAGAAGAGUGUCGCACAAACUUAAGGUGUGUGAUGGUUGCGUGUUAAAAUCAUUUAUUUUUUUAAGCUAAAAAUAAAAUAUUUAUGAUUAUAAAUAAUGGGGGUUUGGGGCAUGUUUUUUAAUGUACUUUAUAAUUUUGGUUGGGAAAUAUCUAUGUGGGGAAGCAUUCACAGUUACCUUUUAUGUUUGAUUUGGCUUUUGGGGUGAUAGCUGAUAAUACUCAGAGGUCACUCCUGGUGGUGCUCAGGGGACCAUAUGGGUACCAGAGAUUGAAUUCGUAAGCGGUGUGCAAGGCUAGUUCCUUACCCCAUCUCUCCAGCUCCUUUCCCUUUAUGUUUAUAUAAUUUCACACACACAAAAACCGAGUGUCAGAAAUAAAAACUUUGUGAAUAUUAUCUAUUGACAUAGUUAACAACUACUAUGAUUUUUAAAUAUUUAUUAGUGAUAGUAUUAUUACCAAAGUUAAACAUAAACCUACUGUAUUCAUUUAUUGUUUUGUAGCCCUGGUUAUUCCCCAUGCAGUACUCAGGUUUUAUAUUAAAACCUAGCAGCAUUUGGGGACAGAUAGUAUAGUGGGUAGAGCACUGUCUAGCAUGUGGUUGAUGGGGUUUGAGUCCCAGUACCCAUAUGUGGUCCUGUGAGCCCUGCUAGAAGUGAUCUCUGUGGUAGAGCCAGAAGUAAGCCCUGAGCACAGAAGCUCCAUUUUUUUUUUUUCCAUCCUAGGACUGGAGAGAUAGUAUAGUGCUAUCCUGCUAAGGCAAGGUAGGGAACUUGCCUAGCAUGCAGCUAAGCCAGGGUGAAUCCCCAGGUUCCAUAUGGUCCCCUGAACAUCACCAGGAAUAAUUCCUGAGUAUGAGCUAGGAGUAACCCCUGAGCAUCACUGGGUGUGGCCCAACAACCCUCCCACUGCCUGAAAAAAGCAAAACAAAACAAAAAGACCACAAAUCUAGCAGCUUCUGUUUCAUUCUUUAAUAUUUCUUAUUUUUUGCUCAAUUUUAAAUUAUUUUCCCAUUUGCUUCCAUUGUUCCAGAGGAUAAUCUGCUUAAUUGUUUCAGUUUUAAAAAAUCAGUUUUACAAAAAAUUAAAACAUUCAAUCUUUCAAACUCUUUUGUACACAUACACACAUCCCCAUUUCUUUCCAAUUAUGUCAUAAUUGUUUAAAUUUGUAUUUAAACUACAUAUUAUUCUAUUGAAUAUUAUUCAUUUUCUGUACAAUUUUUUGUUUUCCCUAGAAUUUAUCAUUUGUUUUCAGCUCAGAUGUUUCUAUCAUUGAUUUGAUCCUUAUGUUCUGCUGCAAGACCUAAGUCUUCUCCCAAAUGAAUCAAAUGGUUCGUUUUAACUUGGAGUCCUCUGUUCUCUAAGCCUCGGGCCUUUUUUGGUCUGAGUUACACAGCUGUCAUCUUGUGACUUUUCAUUUUCUCUCCCACUUGGGACUUCAAUAUCUUCUUAUUUUAUUCCUUGCUGUUGGUGUAACCUAUACUGUAAUAACUUCAUGAGAAAGCGUUUUUGAGACAAAUUGUACCUUCACUCCCGCACUGACAGUUUGGGCUUAGGGUUUUUGUUUGGAAAUUAUUUUUCACUCAGAAUUUUAGGUUUACUCUUUAAAAAUUUUAGUCUUGCUUUCUUAGUUUCAUAUUUGCUUGACCAGUCAUAAUAGUGGGAUCUACGAAUUUCCUGAAAUUGCAUGCUGACACUUGGCUUGUUUAUUUAGAUUAGUAAGUCUCAUACUCACAAAAGCUUUAAAGAAAGGUCCUGCCCACACUAAAAACUGCCCCCAUUUUCUAGUUUAAAGAGCUCACAAAUCACUAUUAAAAUGUA